CUGCGUCGCGAUACCAGUCGACCACGGUACUACGGCGUCACGAAGCCACACCUACGAGUUUCUCGAGAUUUUGCAGUAUUCGAGCCCAACAAACCCUUCGUAAGCCUGGGCUGGUCAGAUAAUCGAUGGAGAGCUACGAGGACGACGACGACACGCAUUUUUGCAUCAAGUGUCACCUGACGGUGCACGGUCUCGAAAAUUACGUGCGACAUCGUCAGUCUGGAUGUCGACCGCCGGACGACAAAAACGUGGCCGUUCGCGUGUCUCCCACAACGCCGACCACCGUUUCCUACCCCGAGAUACUGAACGCGGACGCGUUCUUUAGUUCGUUAGAGUUACAGAGUAGCUCAAAGUCGAAUCCUCGGAGGACGACUGGUUUAUUGGAGGAGAGUAGAAAAUUUAAAAAGGAUGACAAAAGAAAGAAAGGUCAAAAACCGCAAGUAGACGCGGAAGAAUCCGGUGGAAAGGAGAAGCUUCACGGCAUGUUACCAGGUGUUUCGGAACUCGAAGAUCCGACCGAACAUCUCUGCAUGCCGCCACUCGUUGGUUUUCCCGAUAUCGUUUCUUCCACGGCCAGUAAGCCAACGGUCACGGCAAGUCGAACGAAAUUAAGCCAAUCGAUGGGCCAGGUUUCGGGGAAUAUCGAGAGUACCAGCUACCCGACGAAGCACGAGACGGAAAAUUCUUUGGAAACUCUGAUGACGUCUCACGCCGAGUCCAAGCAGACGGAGAGAAAACGACAGGAGGAUAGUCAAAGAAUCGAACAAGUUCACCAAACGUGGCUAGAAGACACGAUACUUGCUGAGCUGGUGGCCAAUAACGAGAACAAGGAUUUGGCUAGGUACGAGUUCGAAUAUCAACAGGAGGAAGACUCGGAGGAUGAUAUGUUGGAGGAAGAUUUGGGAGAGGACGACUCCUAUUCCGAGUCCGAAGACGGAGAGGAUCAAGAACGUCCACCGCACGGUCAUACCGGUGGCAAAUGGAAACCCGGAUUGGAGGAUCUUCCUCAAAAUAUGUCUCAACUUCAGGACGACGAGGCGGAAGCGGAGGACGAGCAGCAAGAGCAUCCGCCGCCCACGUACACCGGUGGAAAAUGGCGACCUACGGAAAGCUCGCAGAAGCUGGAAGAAUAUCAGGCUAAGGACAACGCCGGACAACCACCGCCCGGACACACGCAAGGGAAAUGGGUACCGGGUGCACGGACGGAUAUCGAGUCAGGAUAUUGGUGCAGUCCUUGCGGCAGGAAACUUGCUUCUCGAUUGGUCUACAACAGGCAUCUUCUCUCUGAUUUGCACGCUAGAAGGAGCAUCAGAGAAAUCGAUGGAGUUCUUUGUCUGCCUCGAACCGGGAGCCUGCACGUUGCAAAAAAGACGUCAGCUCGUAAUCAAAAAAUCAGAGGGAUACUGGAGUCGAAGGAAGCGAAGAAAAGUUUACGGAGACGGGAGAAAGAGAUAGUUUGUUGCGAGACGUGCCAUGCUCGAGUCAGAAGAGUACAAAUGGGCAAGCAUUUGCUCUCUCAUUAUCACUGUCGCGUCGCGGGCGUAAAUCCUCGUGGGCCACGAGCGCGUCGCUUUUUACUGGAAAAUAUGGCAAACGUGGUUCGGCAGUGUCCCUUUCAAUGUUCUUCUUGUCGGUUUUAUUGCAACACGGAGGAAACGUUUCUGCAUCACUGGCGAUCCGAGCUUCACGCCAAGAUACUCGAGCAGAUCGGCGGCAACUACAAGUGCAAUCCGUGCGAUUUUUGGUGCGAAAACAACGAGUCGAUGGAUUCUCAUUUGCUAAGUACGAGUCAUCGCGACGUUGUUUCGAUGAUGAACGGUUCGUUACCGGUGGUGGUCGGUCGUCAACGAGCACUAUCUUGCGGUAGUUGCGAUCGCAGAUUUCGAUACAAUUUGCAGCUGCGGCUGCACGUGAAGGAAACCGGUCACGAAGGGAGCAUGACCGCGUCCGACGCGUAUCAGCAACGGAUCAGGUGCAAUCUGUGUCCUCAAAUAGUUAGAUCUUUGGUGGCGCUUCAGCGUCAUCAGUUGACUUGUCACCCGACAAAAGAGGAGGUGAAAAAGGAGGAGGAAAAAGAGGACCACUCUUCCCAGUCGGCUCCGUAUUUUUGCUCGUUUUGCUCGAUGAACUUUGUUACAGCGCAAGAAGCGGUGUUACAUCGAAGAACGUCCAGUCAUAAGGAAAUCGUAAAAGCUCGUAAGUGUAAUCGAGAUUCCUCGACGAGCACGAUUCGAGAGUGUCCUCAUUGCGCGGAGAAGCAAACGAAUCUGUCGGAACACAAGAGGCAUCUUCUGGAAAAUCAUCCGGAGCUUUGUCACAGAUGUCCUAAAUGCGGUACACUUUUCGCCUUAUCGCAAGACGUGACGAGGCAUACGAGGGAGAACAAGUGUCGCGUCGAUAAGGAAUUGAACGAGACGAAAGCAACGCUCAUCAAAAAUGAAUGGAGAUGCGGUAGUUGUAGUUUUUCAACGAAUUCUCGGGCGGAAUUCAUCUUUCACGAAGCCCUUCACUCCGGGAUGGUGGAGAACGAGCAGGACGAUCCGAACUGUAGCAAAUCGGUAGCGAAAUAUUCUUGUCCCGUGUGUAAAAAAUCGUUCACGAAGGUGUCGUUGCGGAAUCACAUCCGAAGUCAUACCGGAGAGCGUCCGUUUCCGUGCGCAAAAUGCCACGCAUCCUUCUCGAGGAGAGCAGAUUUGAACGCCCAUCAGAAAGAGUGCACUGGAUCGACGUCAUCGGACUGGUCGGACGAAUCUGGCCGGAAACGCAGCUUCGUCUGUUCCGAGUGCAACGACGCUUUCUACACAAGACACGCUCUCCGACAGCACAUGUUGCGACACGCAGGGAAAAAGUACAAGUGUGGACUUCCGGGCUGCCCGACGGUGCUUCGAACUGCCUCCGAAUUGAGAUCGCACAGAAACUUGGUACACCACAGCACGCCAUCCGACAGGCAAUACAAGUGUUCCGACUGCAGUUACGCGGCUAAAACGAAGACGCAGUUGCGUAGGCAUCGCUCACGACACGAGGAUCCAACGAGCGGCAUGAAAUCGGAGCUACGUAGCUGCCCUUAUGCUGGCUGCGCUUUUAAAACGAAAAUUGCUUCUCAUUUGCAACGGCACGUACGAUUACACACGGGUACCAAGCCGUACAAGUGUCGUCAUUGCGCUUACGCGAGUAACAACUUGGAAAAUCUUAGGAAACACGUGCUCUCUACCAGUCUACAUCCUGGCAAGACCAUCUACGAAUGCGACGUGUGCAAGAGAGAAAACGUCGAACCGUUUCGAACGAAUUUCGCGAAAGAGUUACGAGCGCAUUUGCAGGAGGCGCACAACGACGAUUUUCCAACUCCUAAUCACGCAAACGACUACGUUCUCGGGAUUUUCGAGGUUCAUCGAAGCUCCGCUUCCAACGACGAGUCGACUUAACCCGUUCGAUUGUUUCUCCCGAUGGUACAUUAUACCUCGUAUGUCUGGACCGCGAGCAACGUUCACCAGCCGGUGAACAGGAAUUUACGAAGCGUGUAACCCUUAAAAUUGUCGACGGACAACGGACGACGAACGAUGGGCAGCGGUUCGAUCGGAAGAGCAACAGCAUCUUUCGAAUAUAUCCCGUGGAUGGACGAGAGCGUUGUUGAAUUAUCACCGAUGCGUCGAGCUACGGACAUAGCGCACGGACUCGCGUUAGUCCUGUACGUCGAUGGCAUCGGUGUGGCCUCUCGUCGUUUGUGGUCGUGCGAACCGGCAGACUACGCCAGGAAAUAGUUAAGCUGAUGUACGGUCACGUGGCACGGUAGGUACUUUGAACGCGUAUACGAUCGAAUCUUUAUGCUGCCGAGUGCAACACAACGAGAUAUUACGAGAAAAUCAUCCGAGUCCAGCAGCCGCGGAUUCUCGUUGCCGCGUCAACGAGAAUUUAUAUACAUACAUCGCUGCUGAAGGAAAACUUUCAUGGAAUGUAACGAUUUACGCGCGAAUCUCGGCGUCUAGAAUUCAUUAGAUAGUCGACGGGUUACCAGGAUGAUAUCGUUGUAUC